CUCUCUUUCGUUUCUUUACUCUUUCCACAAAUCUACGGUGCCACGAAUAAACUUUUGCAGCUGUUUCAUGCGAGUGUUGCAAUAAAACAGUAAAGAAAAUGCCUGUAGGUUAUAUUUAAAUAAACAGGAUAUAUGAGUAAAAGAAAGUUUAUUCAGCCACUUUUUGUCAUACCGUUUAAUCUAAAUGGCUGUUUGCCAUUGUGCGUAAAAGUUAAAGUCUGAAGUUAUAGAUAGUUUACUGUUUUUGGUAGCCCUGUUUUUUUAGCUGUCGCUGUUUUACUGUGUCACACUGUGUGUAUGUUGGUGUGUAGCCUAGUAUUAGUAUAGACUGGAGUUGUGUGUACUCAUCAAGAGUCUGAAAAGUCGAGACUUCAGAGCAGUAGUCUUGAUUUGAGAGACAUUAGAAAAAAUGGACACUUUUAAGACUGGUAGUUAAAGACUACACACACUGAUACCAUACAGUCAACAACAGUAACAGCAUCAUAUUCAUGGUGAAGAAAGAGGGGUGACAGGAGCAAAACCUCAGGCCCAUACUCAAUCCCUCUCACCACUAACCCCUUUCUGGUCAUUGAAAUAUAUUUUUAAACCCUUUAUUCAGUUUCCAUAUUCAUAUAUAUUUGUGUGAAAUGCUGUGUUAAGUUGAAAUCUAAAUCAUGUAUCAACAAUUGAUUGAUUGAAUUUAUUUGUCAAUUUAAAAAAAAAAUUAUCAUCCUAAUGCUGGAAAAAUUAUACUUUGUUCAAAUCCCCAAAAGAGUUGCAUAUUUACUUUGUUUGCAACUCAGAAUAUUUGUUAAAUUUACGCUUUUCAGCUUUUCAUGACAUGACACUCAUUUCAGUGUUUUUGCACUACUUUCUUCCACUGCCGCCAUCUUUGUUGCCAUGCUAAAAUGCAAGUAGAAAAGGAGAGAAUAUGUUGUUGUAACUAUGUACUACUUAAUGUGACAAAAUGAAAUGAUGAAAGGAAUGAGAAUAGUUGUUUUUUGUUUUUUUAAAGAAAAAUAUUGAAAGAAAGAGGUUUUUUUGAAACUUGCAUUGCAUAAAAAUGAUAAUUAAAGAACAUCUAAUAAUUUGAAAAAGUGAAAAAUUAAACAAAUUGUAAAGAAAAAUGACCUUUUAAAAUCAUGCACAAUUAAUGCAAUAAUUUUUUAAGAAAACCCUUUAAACCUAAAUUUACAACUCUACCUAACCUGAAUGCUAUCAGUAUCCCUAACUUUAGUGUAAAUUCACCCCUAAAUUUAUACCCCCCUAACUUGAGCGUAAAUCUUUAAACAUAAAAUCUAUGACCUAACGUGAACCCUAAAUCUAAUUGUUUGUGUGCUGCAGUUACACACUGUACUGAUAAAAUCAUAAAUUUGAAUAAAGAGAUUAAGAAUAUUUUUAAAAUAUUCCAAAUAAUGAAAACCUAAGUUACAGUUUCAUUGAAUACACUUUUACUUUUACACACUACAGAAAUCCAAAAGUUGUCAGAAAAGUCAAAAUCAAUUUUUCAAAAUGAUCAUACGAUCAAACAGACAAAAAAGCUUUGUUUUGAAAUGUAAUUAACUACGCUAUCAAAUAUUAAUUCUAAAAAUCCAUCAGUUAUAAACAAUACAUCAGUGUAUUAAUAUAAAAAAGAGAAUAGUUAACUCUAAUAACAAUCCACAACUAAACAAAUGAGAGAAAAUGCUACACAGAAACUCAGUGUGGCGCGGAAAGCAUAUAUUGACAGAAUAUUUGAUCAGUAUCCUUAACCUAACUAGUUAAUGCUGACUUGAGCCAAUUAAAGAAAUUAAAAUCUUGUGACACCUAAUUAGGUAUUUUUUAAAGUCCCCACAAGAACAACUCGAUUAUUGAAAAUAAGCCUCAAAACUUGGUAUAGUUUCAUGAUUUUAACUCUUUAAUUUUGUAAAGAACUCUUAGCUAGCUCUAUAAAACUUAAGGAAAGAAAGGAAGAUAAAAAAAACUAUUAGGCCUACCAAUGAAUUGUAAGUUACAGUGUUUUUCUUUUAAAUUCUGGUUUAAUCUUUUAUCGUUUUAAAAAAAUUAUGCAAAAUAAUUAAUUUUUUUAUUCUAUUUUAUUUCAUUCAAAUUCCAGCCAAAAGGAAAGCAAGCUACCAAAGGCAAAAAACAAAUAGCAGAGGAGAAUAAAUCAACCCUUAAGUUUUACACUUAUAUUAUCUCUGCAGUGAAUGUAAGUUUCUUUCUGUCCAUUCUUUGUAAAAAGUUUACCAACACCUGCAUAUUCCACUUAAGGCUACAGAUUUUUAGCCCAACCUUGCAUUAAAUUUGCAUGGAGACAUAAGAAGGCUUAGAAUGAACAUGAGUCAGGGCCGUUUAUGUAUAUUAUUAAUAUGUGUAUUAAAGAAAAAGUAAGCAGGAGCUGGGCAAUUCCAUUGUGCCUGCUGCUCUAAGUAGUCUAAGUCUAAGGGUAGAUUUUAGUGCUCUCUUACAAUACCAACCAAAAAGUUUGUGUAAGUCUAAUUUACAUAUUAAAAAUGAUAUGCAACAAAAACUUGCUUUUGGGUAAGAAGGCCAAAGAUGGAAGGCCUGAAAGCAAUUUAUCUAGUAACAUUUUUGAUACUCACUCGUGUUAUUUGUGGAUAUGAGGAAACAAAUUUCUCUCUAAAUGAAAUAAUUUAUACAUUUCAGCUAAUUUACUAUGGUGUGUGGUCAUUGUUCUACUGGGAAGAUUUCACAACAGGUCCUAUAGUAAGUCUUUUUAAAAUAGAUAAUAUUAUUUAACUGCUAAUUCAAAUAAUGUUUUCUUAAGAAAUUUCAUUAAUUAUGCAAAUAAUUUAUAAGUUUUAAAUGGUACCAGUAUUUUAAAGAUGCUACCUGAUCUUUAUAUAUUAAUUCAUACAACAGUGAGCCAUUUUCUCCUUAUAUUUUAUCCCUCCUGGCUGCUUCACAUCUAAGAUAUGAAUUUUAGUCCUCGCAUAUACAAAGAGUGUACAAGCAGAGUGAAGCUUUGUUUGGGUAUGAUAAAAUACUAAGUAAAACAAUUGGCUCAAAGCUUUAAUUAGUUAAUAUACAACAUACUUAAAAUUUGAAUUGAAGUGAAUUACAUACAAUUUAUAAAGGAAAAGAAGAAAAAAGGCAAAUGCACCUGCCCACACAAAUAAAAUAAUUCAACUAUUUUUAAAUACUGGUGUAUUAGAGAUACCAACUAUUUAAUUUGAGUGCAUUUGUUAUCAUGUAAAGAAGUUAUCUUUGAAGGAAGAGCUUUUUUUUAUCCUCCAUUUCAGUUUUUGUCUCUGCUCUCUGCUGGGAUAUACUUUGGGAGUUAUCAGUUUAUGGCCAGCAUGGCAAAAACAGUGUAUCAGGAUGGUCAGCUGAUUGAUUCAGGCACUGACCUCAAUAUGGAAGCUGGCAUGGCAGAGUAAGCAGAGUAUAUAUUUUCUUGUCAGAUUUUAAAAUGAGGGAAUGUCUGUAGAUUGGAAAAUUUAUUAAAGUGAGUUUAUUAGACACAUCUUGUGUCAUCUAUACAAAGGAGAUGAAAGGAAUAUAACAGCAAAAAUAUUGAACUGGUGUAAAUUGAGGAUGCUGCGUCUGAUAAAGUUGGUCACCAUCCCAGGUAAGUCUGAACCCAAUCAAUCCCAAGACUAACAAUAAAGCAACAUAAAAACGACAUAUUUAGGUAGAUGAGACUUGUUAACCUUGAUUAGUGCCACAUUUAAGAAAAGGAAAGGUCUGACUACAAACCUAAUGCUUUGUGGCUGUAACUGUAAAACCUAUGGAGACAAAUGGAAUUUGGCCUUGACAGGAAGAUCUGAAAAUCUCCUGUGGGUGGAGUGACAAUGUAAUUGUAUUUUUAUUCAAUGAUCUGUCUGGCUCCUCCUGCUAGACCCCAGGUUCCAAGCUGUAUCAAACACAAAAUGUUCCUGUGGGCUCACCAGCUGUGUGGAGAGUGGAGAUCUGCUGACUGGGCAACAGUUGAUUCUCCAUUAAGAAAACCUUUCCCAUGCCUUGUAGUUUGGCUUGAAACACCUCAAGUGAAAAAUAUCAUCAGAUGUGAAAAUGAAACAUACAGAAUUGGGUUCAUAAUAUAAAUAAUAUAAUGAAGGAAAAUAAGAUAAGAUUUCAAGGCACCUUAAAUUUUUACCAACCUUUGAAUCUUCUGGGUAAUAAAUAAAUGCCAGGUCUACCUGUAGGUUAUAUCUUAUAAUUCAUGUCUUGAUUGAAAGUAGUGAGUGUUUCUUUUAUCAAUUUUAAUUAUUUCUUGACAACAAAGGGGAGAAAAUCAUGUUUACGCUGCUGUGUGCUUGUCUAAAUAUUUUUAAUUAUGAUUGUACACUUUUGGGAAAUAUGUAUAAUUACAAUAGCUUUACUACCCCUUUGUAGUUGUGGAUCAGGACAGUUUUAAAUUAUAUUCAAUCAUUAAAGAGUUUCUAUUUGGUUUUUCAGACACACAAAAGAUUUGAUCUUGUUGACAUCCAUUGUACAGGCCCUUUCGUUACUCUCUGGCUAUUUCUGGCUUCUGUUGUUGCUUGUAAGUAUCCAACUCGGCCUGAAUGAUUCAUUAGUAUUAAAUUGUCCCAGGUCAGCAUCAUAUAUGUAAGAAAAUAACUAAAUGCUGAUCAUGCAGUAUUUUCCUAGCACAAGUUAUAUUAUUAUGAAGGCCAUAUAUUAUUUCCUUAAUGAUAUUAAUCCUAAUAAUCACAUAUUCGAUUUUCAGGCCCCUGCGCGUGCAUUUUAUAUGCUAUGGGUGAACAUUCUGGGUCCAUGGUUUUUCGCACCAGCAGAAGAGAAAAAAGUUGAUGACAAGAAACAGAAAAAAAUGGAAAGAAAAAUGAAAAGACAACAGGUGGUUAGAUGAGAAAUGUUACUAUAAAUAGCUGUGAUAGAAAUAUACAUUCAAUUAUAAAUAUAAUUAAUUUGUUUUGUUUAUAAGUAUAAUUCACACUCAGUGAUGUCUUCUUAUGGCAGAUCUUUUAAAUAUUUUAAUAAAAACAAAUGUUGGAAAAUAGAUAUUAACAAUAAUAAUUUUAGGUUAUCAAAGAAUUAUUUCAGUUAAAUUUGGAACAAGAAACAACUUGUAUACCCUGCAUCAGUCCAUAAGAAACCAAUGAUAAAGAGUUAAAUAAAAAACAAAACAAUUAUGCCAUAUUCCAUACAUUUGUUUAACAGAAUUUAGAUUGGGAUGCUGGGAGAAAUUUUUUAAAUUGUUGUUGUCUGUACUAAACAUGCAAAUAAGUUUAUUUUUUAUGAGUAAUUUCGAAUUAACCAACUUUGCCAAUUUAGAUUAAUGUCUUUUAAAAAAUAAUAUUAGCAUUUUAAAAAUGAAUUUCCCAUCAAGUUGUUUGUGUAUGAUAGUGACCAGUCAUCUUAUGGUUUCAUUACAUUUUUGAGGAAGGUUUGAGUACACAACAUGAAGUAUGAAAGUGAGUUGUACUAAUAAUAUUCAUUCAGGAUAAGAUGUUGGACUAUCUCUAUCUAUGACUGGGUUGUUCCUAAAAAUUAAUUUGUGUGAAAUGCUAAAAGCGAGACAGACUGACCUCAUGUGCGUGAAGUUUUUAUUUCACAUUUUUUUUUAUCAUCGUUCCCCUGGUUCGAUGGAUCGAAGGAUAUCUUAACAUUAAGUACCCAGUAUUGAUGAAUCAUGUUCAAAGAUCAAUUUAUUCCUUUAGUGGCCAAGCAAUGGCUGCUAUGAAGUUAGCAAAAUUGUAACAUUCACAAUUUCUUGUAAUUCAUAUGUCAUGUGUAACUUUCUGUCAUAUUCUGAAUAGAGAAGUUUGCUUAAAAUGUUGUCUGUGAAAGUGUAUGAUUAAACUUCAUCAUUAAAUAUAUGAUCCGGUAGGGUGAAAGUGUUUAGGUAACAUUAAAUACACACUCACUAUUUGCCAGAAGGAUCCAAUGAAAACUUUAUGAAUUUAGCAGUAAAAUUUUCAUAACACCCUUUACUUGAAAUUGUAUUGAUUGUCACUUCUAAAUUAAUUUAUUAAAAUAAAAAUAUUUGGAAUGUUUUGUGAUUUUAUGAAUUUGAAGCUUAAAUAAUAUGUAUACUUUGUUAUAAAUAUAAAAUUAAUUUUCAGUUUUACA